CUCUUCAACCUCUGAAAGGAUUUAUCAGUGAUGGAUACAUCAGUUUCAGUCUGCUGAGUCAUUUGACAUUCUGCAUGUUCCAUUAAGAAAAGUCUCUGCGCUGCUAUUUGCUGUUGUCAUGGAGAUGUAAGAAUGCUGCUGCAUGCUGUUGAUCAUCUUACCCAGACAAGCUAUUCUGUAAAAAAGCACAAUUGUUUGUAAGGAAGUGCCUGCGAUGUAAAUGCAAUAAAGGAAUUACAGCUAUUGAACAGCAUAAACCAUCAUAAAUCUCUUCAAACAUGCCAAGGAAAGGCAAAAGUCAGUUACAGAUCACAAUGGAGGAUGUGGGAAUUGAAAUUGAUGGACAGGUGGAAAGUGAUAGUGAGGAUGAUAGACCAAAACCUGGACAAACUGGCAAAAGACAAGCUGAUAAACCUGCCAGCAGGAGAAACAACAGGAAUAAUAGCCGUGCAGCAACACGGGUGAGAAAUGGCAGAAGGGGUAAAAAUACGGACAGUGAGGAAUCUGAAGACGAAGAGGAAGAAGAAGAGAAAGCUCCAAGACAAAGAAAAGCUAACAGAAAAAAGGUAGUCAAAGAGGAAGACAGUGAGGAGGACAGUGAGGAUGAUCAUCCCAAGAAAAAAAUCAAUAAAAACGUCAUUAACAAAACAGAGAAGGAGGAACAAAACACUAAAGUGAAGCACUCUUCUUCCUCUGACUCAAACUCUUCAGACGAAGAAUCAUUGUCAGAGGGUGAAAUGGCAAAGCUCUUGGAAGAAGUUGAAGAGAAGAAAAAGGUUAUUUCAAGCAUGAGGAACAGACCUUGGCGCAUGAAAAGAAGACUGCAUGCUCUGAAACAAGCCCAGGCCUUUGUGGAAAAGUUUGAAGGGGCUUUGGGUAAAGGUAAAGGAAGAAAAUUUUAUGCUUACAAAGUAAUGAUGACAAAGAAAUGGAUCAAGUUUAAAAGAGAUUUUGAAAAUUUUAAAACUGCUUGCAUCCCCUGGGAAAUGAAGAUUAAAGAGGUUGAGAGUCAUUUUGGAUCUUCAGUUGCAUCCUACUUUAUAUUUCUCAGGUGGAUGUAUGGAAUGAACUUGGUACUGUUUGGCUUAACAUUUGGGCUUGUUGUGAUUCCAGAGAUCCUAUUAGGUUUACCUCAUGGAAGUAUUCCCCGUAAAACAGUACCAAGAGAUGAGCAAGCCACAGCAAUGGAUUUUUCUACUCUUUGGGACUUUAAUGGGUAUGCUAAGUACUCAGUGCUUUUCUAUGGCUAUUAUAACAAUCAACGUACAAUUGGCUUCUUGAAAUACAGAUUACCUUUGGCUUAUUUCAUGGUUGGAAUUGGCACUUUUGGAUACAGCUUGAUGGUUGUUAUACAAACAAUGGCAAAGAAUGCCAAUGAAAGUGGAGGAGAUGGUGAAGACACUGAUUUUAAUUUCUGCUGGAAACUGUUUACAAGUUGGGACUACCUAAUUGGCAAUUCAGAAACUGCUGACAACAAAUUUGCCUCUAUUACAACUAGCUUCAAGGAAUCAAUAGUAGAUGAAGAGGAAAACCAGAAGGAUGAAAACAUUCACCUGAGAAGAUUUCUGCGUGUUUUGGCAAAUGUUCUCAUUUUAUGUGGUUUAGGAGGCAGCGGUUAUCUCAUUUAUUUUGUUGUGAGGCGGUCACAGAAGUUUGCAAAUAUGGAUAAUCUGGGAUGGUAUGAAAAAAAUGAAGUUGAGAUAGUUAUGUCCUUGCUUGGACUGGUUUGUCCUCCACUGUUUGAGACCAUUGCUGAACUGGAGGAUUAUCACCCACGUAUUGCACUGAAGUGGCAGCUGGGACGAAUCUUUGCUCUGUUUCUUGGAAAUUUAUAUACAUUUCUUUUUGCCCUUAUAGAUGAAGUUAAUCAGAAGCUAGAAGAAGAACAUAGUAUAAUGAAUAUGACAACAAGUGCAAUAAAUAUGUAUUAUGCCAAUGUAACACUGAAUGGAACAGAAGUUACUCCUCCGCCAAUCGACCCUGCAGAUGUGAUCAGAGGACCAUGCUGGGAAACAGCUGUGGGAAUUGAGUUUGUCAAGCUUACCGUUUCUGAUAUCCAAGUUUUCUAUAUUACAAUUCUUAUUGGAGAUUUCUUACGGGCUGUAAUUGUAAGAUUCCUUAACUACUGCUGGUGUUGGGACCUGGAAGCUGGAUUUCCAUCAUAUGCUGAAUUUGACAUUAGUGGAAAUGUACUGGGACUCGUCUUCAAUCAAGGAAUGAUCUGGAUGGGAUCUUUCUAUGCCCCAGGUCUAGUUGGUUUAAAUGUGCUCCGUCUAUUGACAUCAAUGUACUAUCAGUCAUGGGCAGUCAUGAGUUCAAAUGUUCCCCAUGAAAGAGUUUUCAAAGCUUCUAAAUCCAAUAACUUUUACAUGGGCUUGCUGCUGCUAGUUUUAUUUCUCAGUCUGUUUCCAGUGGUCUACACCAUUAUGACAAUACCCCCUUCAUUUGACUGUGGGCCUUUCAGUGGAAAAACACUCAUGUUUGAAGUUAUAAUGGAAACAAUCCAACAGGAUUUUCCAGCUUUUGUUGGAAAACUGUUCAGUUAUGCUGCCAACCCUGGGCUGAUCAUUCCGGCAGUUUUGCUGAUGGUGUUGGCAAUUUAUUAUUUAAAUGCUGUAUCUAAGUCAUAUAAGAAUUCAAACAUAGAAUUAAAGAAGAAGAUGCAAAUGCAACGGGAUGAAGAGAAAAACCGAAGAAACAACCAGAACACAACCAACCCUGUCCUGAAAGACUUGGAAGAUUUGCUACCUAUCAGUUCUGGAGCUGUUAACAACACCACUACAGCAUUAGAUCAGCAAACCACUGGUGAAGAUCUAGCCAAACCUACUAAGGGAAAAAGCCGAAAUGGAAACAGUGUACGUCAAGAGAAGGAAGUGUCAUUAUCAGCACAAAAUCCUCGCAUUGCAGUAACAAGACCUCCAGGACCCCGCCCACCGGGCCCGUUGCCUGGAAACCCACGCCUAACAGUGCCAGGUGAACCAAGUCGAGGACCACCAUCACAGAAAAGUGAAAGCAGAAGAAAACCAAGACAUUAAAACAUCUCUGUUACCUGGAUGUAACAUGUCAGCAUUAUAUUAAGCAAAUUCCAAAUAUAAUUUAGAAAAUUAUAUCAAGGGAAAAUUAUUUCUGAGAUACCGGAAGAUCAAAUUUAGUUGCUUUUUAGAGAAAAGGACAAAACCAAAGUUGCAUUUUAAGCUAAUCUCUUUGUACUAUACAGAAAAACUGAAGUUCGGACAGAAGGAGUCUGGAGUGGCCAGAAUCAUAGUUUUCUUUUAGCAUUUGAAAGCAGCACUAUAGUAAUGAAGUCUGCAAUGCCCUUGUUAUUAUGAUAUUUAAUCAGACUUCAAGUACAAUUGCUAAUGCGCCACAUAGUCUAACUAUAAUAUGUCUGUCUGUAAUGCAUCCAUUUUGCCUUUUUAUUCACUUAAGGUAUGAAUAAAUUAACAUGCCGAGUGUCACUAAAUCAUAAUAUAUAAGGUAAGGUAUUAGGAAAAUAUGAAAUCUAAAAUAUGUAGGUGCCGUGAAGUAAGAUUUAUAUUUUGUCCAAUACAAAAUGUGUGAGACUGAGAGGCUCACUCACAGUUGUUCAAUCAUGAUUGAGCCACUGUAAAGUAAAGACUAUGUCACCAGACUUUAAACUGCAAGGUGACGAGCUCAAUUCUUGCUUCCACUUAAUAGUGUAACUCACCUAAACUGCCUGUGCUCCAACUGGAAGUAAGAGAGUGUACACAUCUUAAUGUGUGUUACUUGUUUUUAAAUAUUUGAAUGGAGCA